UUUCUCUCUCUAAAAUUUAGAACUUGAAAAGAAACAAGGUUAGGAAAACCGUGAAAGAAUCAAAAACAUGGCUUUCUUGUCAAGUUUUAGAAAAUUGAGAAGAAGCGAAGCUAUAAAAAGCGUGAGAAUAAAAAAAAAAGAUGGUUUUUGGUCUAUCUCGGGAUGGGAUUUGGUUUGGGGCUCUGUCGUUCGGUCUUUCGUAAGGAUCUGUUGUUUCCUUAAUGGCGUUUUGGGAAAGGUGGCUCUGUUCUUUGGUUGGAUUGAAGGGUGGAGGGGUCCCGGUGCUAGAACUAGAGAUUUCUCCGGGGUCUGUUGUUUUGUCUCAUAUGAAGAACACGUACGGUUGAUGGGCGAAUGCUGUGACUUCUCAUAGAUUGCCCCUCUCGUUUAUUGUAGGAUAUCCUUGAAGCUAAACCGUGAAAUAAUCCCCCAAAAGAGGUCUCUUUUGGCUGAUUCUGCUUGAUUUUAUUGAAAUCUCCGAUUUCGUAUAUAUCUGUUGGAUUUUUAUGGGUUUUAUUCAAAGGUCGCUUUUUUGGUUCGUUUCAAUAGAUGGAUUUGGGGAUCCUGGAUUUUUCUUUGUUACCUUUUUCUUGCGUAGAAGCAAUCUACACAUACAACAGAGGGAAGGAGGGAGAUAAAUGUGAUGUAUGAUUCUCUUUGAAACUAAGAGGAGAUAGAGCUAGAAAACCUGCAAAAUAUUUGAAAAGAUAACUUUUUUUUUAAAAAAAAAUUGUUUCAAAUUUUCGUUGGCUUAGGCAACUUUGGAUUUACAUGGAUCUAUUGAUGUCUUUGUAUUUCUGGGAUGUUUGCUUCUUUCUUUAGAUUAUCUCUUUGUCCAAGAAUAAGGUGGUAACCCUUAUGCCUUUUCUUUUUUCACUGGGAAAAAAUAUAAAUUUUCCCCGGGUGCUGCUUUAAGCCGGUAGUUUUCUCAAAAAAUAAUCAUCCUUUUUUGAUUUUUUUUUCUUUUUAUUAUUAUUAUUAUUAUUAUUAUUAUUUUAUAAUCUUCCUUGUAUUUGUUCUGGUUGUGGCUUUUCCGUAACUAUUUCAUUUUGAGGAGUAUUCUUGCUAUCAUGUUUAGAUCCUGAAAAUAAUGAUAUCUUGAUUUCUUUUCUAUAUAUGUUUUAUUUGAGAACCUUGUUCAAUGAACUUUCUUUUGUUCAUGACUCCUUUGGAGUUUUCACGACUCUGAUGUUAUGUAAUUCUUAUCAUUAAUGUGCCUUUGCUCUCUCUUUAACUCUGUAAACGUUUUGAAUUUCCUUUGAUAUGUUAUUUCACACAUUCUGUAAUAUGUGAAAAAUUUAUUCUUUUUAUUCUUGUGCCUGAACCUUGAAAAUAAAGAAUUUGUCAUUCAGUUUAUUCUUUUUUUGAGAUUAUCCCAAAUGGUUACGAUGUGGUUGACCAAAAUUUCACACUGUGGUGCAAGAUUAUGGGCAAAACAGAAGCUAGUUAUGAAUUUUCUGGAUUAUUUUUAACAGUAUGUUUAUAGUAUGUUAUCAUGUUAUAUCCCUUAUUCUUAAAAUAGGCUGUUUGUGCUGUCUUUUUGGUUUGCAAAUUGUUUUGCCAAGUUGGUGGCUAUGAUGCCAUCCAUAUUUUUAUUCUUAUUUCUAUCUUGUUAUUCAGUGCUUGGCCUGUUUUAUGCGACUAUAUGUCUGUACGAAUGUGAAUCAUCAGGUACUCCUCAUAGUUUUAUUUCAUUAGUCUCAUUGUUUUUCUUAUUAUAUCUUUUCUUGGCAGAUUUCUCGCUGCAUAGAUCUCUCUCUCAGUUUGACUAGUCUAAUUAUAGUUAUAUUUUUGUAUGUUUUUUUUGUUCCUUAGGCAUCUGGAAAUUUAAUUUGAUAUUGAAAGAUCUCUUUAUACAAUAUGGAUCUGGAAGACUUUUGCUUUGCUAGAAAGCCUUGUUAUCCAAUCAGAUAAAAUUUUGUCAGUAAAUACUACGAACUAGUGAUGACUGAGCACCAGUUUUAGUGUAUGGAACUCUUCGUGAGUCAAGAGUAGAUAGCAUGGCGGUCACAUUCAUGUGGUUCCAAGACUCUCUUGAGAUGUCAGUUCUUUCUAGGAUGUUAGCUUGUAGUUGGUAUAAUACUUUCCAAGGGAAUCUGCUUUAGAAAUGUAUCAAUUUAGUGUAGCGAAAAUUUCUUCCUUCUCAAGUUUCCUUUUCCUAUGUCCGUACAAUUCUAAUAUUGCACCAAGGUUACCUUUGUGAAAGAAAUUCAGUAAUUUGUGGUGGAAUUUAACGCUUUAGUGGAUCUGGAUCUCUCAAUUUACAAUAUGAUUUGAACUAGAGCAUGACAUUACCAUUAUUCCUUUUUCUUUGAUUAUUUUUCAUUCUGAACUAAUGGAGUGUUUGUCAUAUUUGGUUUUGCAAUCAUUAUCCAUUUUUUUUGGAUCAGAUUUGGCGGCAUGGCCAAGUGGUAUUUAACAUCCAGAAAACUGCCAAAUAAAAUGCGUCCCAAGCAGAAAUAUGUAGUUUGUUGUAGGCUCUCUCUCUCCCCCCCUCUCUCUCUCAAGUUUCUGAUCAACUGGAUGGUUGCCUGGAGAUUCAACAUCUUAUGGAUCUUCUAUGGUGGAUAGAGUCUCAGAUAAUGAAGUUGCUGAACUUACAUAUAUCCCUACUUCCAAGGGUCAUUCAUUGGGGAAAAUGGGGCAUCAUUCCAAAGAAUUCACAUGGUUAGGUUCCGCAUGGAAUUGCAGGAAAAGGCGCAAACAUUACCGAUCUUUCUGCCGGAAUGGAGUUACAAUCUCUGUUCAUGACUUUGUCUAUGUCAUGACGGAAGAGAAUAAGAGGCUCGUUGCAUAUGUGGAAGACCUAUAUGAGGACUUGAGAGAUAACAACAUGGUUGUGAUCCGAUGGUUUCACAAAGUUGAUGAGGUUGGUAUUGUUUUGCCUCCCGAUGUUAAUGACAGAGAGAUUUUCUUUUCUCUUUGUCUUCAAGAUUUCAGUAUUGAAUGCAUUGAUGGAUUAGCAGCCGUCCUCAGUGCUCAGCAUUUUGAGAAGUUUCAGAAUGAGGCAACACAUAGCAAUUGGGAACCUUACCUGUGUUGCAGGCUGAUUGAUAAUGAUGAUCUCAAGCCUUUCGACAUCACUCAGGUCCAGGGCUACUGGAGUCAGGAACUACUUCGGUCCAUGUUCACAUCUUCUUUGAAAUUGAGACUGAAAAUAAACCGUCGUGGCUCUAGUUUAGAUGGAGAUGGAAAUGGCCACAUUCCCCGAUGCGGACUCAAAAAGAAGCACAGAUUGAGUAAUGGGGCUAUUGAUUGUGCUGGAACAGUAGCUAGGGAUAUGAACAAGAAAAGAAUUUUGGGUGCUAGCAACAAAGUAGAAAGACAUAUAUCAAGCACUGCUUCUGCUCCUGGUUUGCUGAGAAUGGAGUUGUGGAAGCAACAAAUCCAGCAGCAGAUAUCUCCAGGAUGCCAUGUUGAAGUGCUGUCACAAGAUAGUGGAAUAAGGGGAUGUUGGUUCCGUUGCGACAUUCUCAAAAGACAUCAUGAUAAGGUGAAGGUCCGGUACCAAGAUGUUCAAGAUGCUGAUGGAAAUGGCAAUUUAGGGGAAUGGGUUCUGCUUUCAAGGGUUGCAGCAGCAGACAAGUUGGGUAUACGCUUGUUUGGGAGGCCAAUGGUUCGUCCAAGUCCAUCAGAGAGAGGCAGGUUGUCAUGCAGCUUCGACAUCGGGGCUGUUGUUGAUGCAUGGUGGCAUGAUGGCUGGUGGGAGGGACUUGUGAUUCGUAAAGAAUCUGAAGGGCAAAUCCAUGUGUAUUUCUCAGGAGAAAAGCGAGUCUCUAUCUUUAGUCAGUGUGACUUGAGACCCUCACAGGAUUGGAUUAACAAUAAAUGGAACCGUAUAAAAGACAGAAAAGAUAUUGUAAGCUCGUUGUUGUCUGAUUUGGAACAUGAGAAUCCGGGCUUGUUUGGUGCUGAAGGAAUCCCAAUUCGUUCACCAGACACCGUCAGGCUCUCUGAAACCGAGGCCCAGACUGGGAGCACCAAACCAGAGGGCAUUGUUGAAUCCAAGCUCAUACCCCAUGGAGACUACUGGAUGCUCAAAGCAGAAGUGCCAUACCUUGCCAAAGAAUGUCAUUGGGACGGCUUGAAGUGGUGCUCAUCAAAGAAAAGGAAGAGGAGAGAGUUGGCCUCUUAUGGUCCAGAUCAUAGUAAAAGACAAUGUCGAGUUAGCAGUAUAAACAACAGUCGAAAGGGAGAAGAGCAGUCUAAUGCUUGUAAGUUGUUCAUGCUACCCAAAUCAUUGACAGUUGAUCACGAUAACUGCAAGAUUGGAGGGGAUCCUCUGUUCAGUGCAUCCAUGACACACUCAAGCUUGGUCAUAUCCAGAUGAAGCUUGGUCAUUUUUUUUUUUGAAGAUUUCAGCAGGUAUGGUACGGUGUAGUUUUCGUGCACCCCCAUGCUAAUUUUCCUCCAGAGGUCUCAAGGUGAAAUGAGGGCCCUUGGAGCCGACACAUUCUUCGAGCCUUUGACCCCAUCAAUGACCAAGGAACUGGGUAUUAUGCUCUACUUAUAAACAGUCUAGAAUUUCUUAACAUGGGUGCACAUCGUAAGAGCCAUGUUGGGUUGAGGAGUUGAUUAUUUGGAGUUUUUAGAUCCUUUUAGCGAACCCUAACCAAGUUUUCCUGACCAUGUCAUUCCGGAUAAUACUUCAUUUCCAUCUGCUGCUUUAACUGACUUGAUAUCUCUUUUAUUUAUUUUUUUGUGUCAACUACAAGAAUGGGUAUACAUCUGAACGUUUUCCUUGUCAUUUUUGUAUCUCAAAAUGUGAGAAUUGAAUUGAAGUCAAUGGAAGUUUCAAUCUUGAGUUUCUCUAGCCUA